AUGGCCUCCUCCAUGUCGUCGGCAACGGUCCUAUCAACGGCGUCAGCCUUACCCACCAGCACACAAAUCGUCUCUGACCAAACGCCAUUCGACCGCUUCUUACCUCAACUCGAGUCCGCCUUUGCGUUCCUUGUCCAAGCACUCAAAUUCGGGUCGCGUUUCUCCCGCCUCAUCGGCGCCGCUCUAUACGUCAUCGCACCCGUAACGACCUUCCUCGAGCUCGUCGUCACCCUCUUCAUUACGACGCCAUAUCAUGCUGCUGCGUACCUCCUUGAAGCACUUUACCCGAUCUAUGUGUUUCUUGGUGUAGCGAUUAUCACUGGUGGUUUGUUAGGGAUCAUGGGCCGAGUGGUGUCUAUUGUCAUUGUGUAUGUGGUCGCUGAGCGGAAGAAGGCGAACUCGGAGGAGGAGGAUGAGGAGGUGAAGUCUGAAGAUGAGGACUUGGACGGUGUCCAGAGGAGGGUCAAGUUUGAGUCGUGA